AAAUCUAAAUUGUACGUUAUUGUAAUUUUUCUAUAUAGGAUAACAGUGAUAUUUACGAUAUUUAUAAAAAGAAAAAAAGUAGAAAAUAUGAAAAUAGUUUAAACGUAAUCAUUCUGUGCAUAUCAUAUUAUUUGUUUGUGUUAUAAUUUCAAUUUGGUAUUGUUAAUAUUACUGAAAUCUAAGUCAAAUCGAUUUUUCAAUGUAGUAAGUAGCGCGAUCAUAUACAAUUUAUGUAAAAUGUUUACUAUGGCAAAAAUGCAAAAUUCCUUCUGUAAAAUCUGUUUUUAAAUAAGAAAAAUUUUUUGUAAUUUAUUAUAAUAGUAAGUAUUAUGAAGUUCUUAUUUAUAGAGUUUUUUUUUUCUUAAAUAAUAAUAGUAAAUAUACAUAAAAUAUUUGAGAAAUUUAAUUUUAUUAAAUGAGAUGUUUACACUAAAGUUGUCCUAUGUUUGAAACUAUAACUAGAAACAUAAAUUUUUAUCGUAAUUUUGUAUCAUACAAUGGUUUCGUAUAUAAAAUAUAAGAAAUAUACAAUAGUGAAUAAAAGUGUAAAAUUUAAUAACUGUUUUAUCUUAAGCUGGAGUGUAAAAAAUAUUUCCCAAAAUGCAAGUUAUGCAAUUUCCAUUAAAAAUUCUCACGGUGGCAGGAUGCCGGCCACCAAUCUCUUGGUCCUCAUUAUGCAAACGGACGGUGUAUAAUGCAUACACAAUUUUGAUGUGUUUACUAAUGUUUACCUUCUUGCUCCCGCAACUUAUCGAUAUUAUCAUAAAUGUCGAUAAUGCUGAUGAUUUCGCGGAUACCUUUUAUCUAAUGAUUGCCAUGGUCAACUCUUGUUACAAGAUGAUCAGUCUAUUAUUGAAUCGUAAAAAUAUCGAAAUGUUAACCGAAGCGUUGGUUGAGAAGCCGUUUAGACCUUUGGAACCAGAUGAAAUUAAGAUUCGAGAAAAAUAUAAUAAUAUUGUGCGGACCUAUUCAAUAUUCUAUACAAUUUUGGUUGAGAUGACAUGCGGAUGCAUGAAUUUGACUUCAUUGUUAACGGACUUUCGGAGAGGAGAUUUAGCAUAUAGAGAAUGGGUACCCUAUGCAUGGUCCGAUACGAUGUAUUAUUUUACGUAUUUUCGCCAAUUAAUAAGCUCGACGUUUGGAUCUAUUAUAAAUGUCGCUUGUGAUAUAUUAAUUUGUGGAUUGCUGCUCCAUAUUUAUUGUCAGAUCGAGAUUUUAGAGUGUCGUCUGAAGAAAUCCUUGCGCAAUCAAAACGACUUGGGAGAAUGUGUACGUCUGCACGAUCAUAUCUAUAAGUACGCACGCACAAUGAAUGAAAAUUUCAAGAUUACGAUUGGCGUUCAAUUCACAGCGAGCAUGUUAGUGGUAUGUUCCAACCUUUAUCGAUUAGCAAAAACUACAUUGAGUGCUAAAUAUAUUCCGCUGAUGUCGUACACAAUUUGCAUGUGUAUGCAAAUUCUUAUCUAUUGUUGGCAUGGAAACGAAGUAAAAUUAAAGAGUAUUAAAUUUUGCGAUGAAAUAUUUGCGAUGGAUUGGGUAACAGCAGACAAGAAAGCAAGAAAGAAUCUUAUAUUAAUUAUGAAUCGCUCUCUGAUUCCCAUUGAAUUUUCUAGUGCACAUAUUGUUACAGUAAAUCUAGAUUCCUUCGUGAAGUUACUUAAGAUGUCAUAUUCAAUAUUUAACUUACUUAAACAAACAAGGGAAGAAUAGUAAUAGUGGUAGUGCUAAAAGAAGAAGAGCAAAUGGCAUGUCAAACGAGACGCGUUGAUCAACAGGUCAAAAAUAUUUGCGAUGGUAAUCGUAAUAUAAUUGUAUAUCGCAUAUAUAAUAUUACGUAUAUCAAUAAAAAAUUAUUAUUUAUUUGUAUAUUUUACGUUACGCCCUUUUCUAAUAUUUAUCAAAUAAAAGUCAAAGACUAAAUAAAGUCAACAUGUACUUAAUUAGAUAUUAUUAGUAUUUACAAAAAUUAAUACGCAUAUAUAAAAAAUUGCAUUAAACAUUUAAAUAAUGACAAUCUCACUUUUAUCAAAAUUGCAUAAAUCAUCAAUGGCAGUCUAUACGUGUAGUGAAGAUCUCGCAUCUAUCUCAAUAUCUAGAUUUUUUGCACGAAAUCAAUGUCGACACAACCACAAAAGUUUUCUGAACCUAAUACUAUUACUCUUCGAUCUAUCAUCAAAUAAAAUCGAUAUAGCGCCAAUCAUAUUUAUUAUCAAAGAAGGAAUAUUUUAUUCUUAAAUUAUUUUUGAUACUAUCUUAUUAGUUUUCUUAGAAUGAUUUAGUAAAUUUGUGACAGUCUUAUGACAUUCUAGAUUUAAGAAUAGACCGAUUUGAAGAUAGAAAUGUUUA